AUGGGCUUUCCUGGUCGACACUUCCAGCUUCGACAUCGUCCCCGUGGAUAUCCUUGUGUACCAGAUGAGCCUCCCCAAUGCUAUUUCUCUCCACAAAAACCCCAAAGUCGUACAUCACUUUCCCCGUACCCAGCUCCACAAAAUGCCUAUCCACCCCCACGAGCAUACCGAAAACCCCCUGGAUCAGGUUUUCGGCCCAAUCAAGCGUUUAAGAACGAGAGGCUGCUGAAAAAAGAAAAGGCUUUCACUCCUAUUGGAGAAUCAUAUGCCAGUUUAUUUCAAAGGCUGAAGCAAUUGGACACGUUGAAGCCAAUCCAGAUAAAAAUGCCAAACCCUCUGCGACAUUCUCGUACAAAAUCUGGAUGCAGCAAACACCAGCCAAAGUCCAUCACCCGUGCACAAUGA